AUGAGGCUCUCUACUUUCAGUCUUGUAGCGUUCUCUGCCCUUGUUUCCGCCAACAGCGUAACACCCCCCACACAUUAUGGUGUUCUCCUCUUUCAAGCCUUCCAGGCUCUGGAUGUGUUUGGACCCCUCGACGUCCUCAACCUGCACUCGGGAACGCAGAAGAACCUUACCCUGAGCCUUCUUUCGCGCAAUCUUUCCCCCGUCUCGACUGUCCCAGUCAUGAUGAACACCACAUUUGGCCAAUCGCUUCAACCAACUCAUACUUUAUCUUCUCCGCCUCCAGACUUGGAGGUUCUCAUUGUCCCAGGAGGGAUCGGAACGCGAGCGCCGGACUUGGGAGCAGAGGUCGACUUUAUCCGCACCAUCUUCCCUUCCCUUCGCUACCUCAUUUCCAUCUGUACCGGCAACGUCCUUGUCGCCAGAGCGGGUCUUCUGGACGGAAAGAAAGCGACGGGGAACAAGAAGAGCUGGAGCUGGCUCACUCAGCAGGGGAACAAGACGCAUUGGGUGGCGAAAGCUCGUUGGGUUGUCAGCUCGGAGAAGAUUUGGAGUACGAGUGGGGUCAGUGCAGGCGUUGACGGGUUCUUGAAUUUCAUGGAAACUGUGUAUGGGGAAGAGGUUGCGAGGAAUUUGGAGAUUGGGUUGGAAUGGAGCAGGGUUACUGAUCCUAACGCGGAUGAAUUUGCGGAUAUAUGGCAGGUGGAAGAUGUGCUACCAGUGGAGUAG